GAACUACAUUCCCCGGCAGCAGGGAUUUGGGUGCGCAGAGAAAACUGAGAGAAGAGUCUGCAUGGCUGGUUUAGGGCAGUGAUGUUGUCCGUAGCAUGUCGCGGCCGCUUAUGGUGGUCCUUGGCGGGAGGCACACGGAGAGUAGCAUGUCGGCUCUGGGGCAGCUGCACUGCGGAGUCCCGGUGUAAGCCCCUCAAGCAGUGGACUCUCAUCGUGCACCCGCUGAGCAGCCUGAGAGUGAAGCUGCCGUGUAACGUGCGUGUGAAGCCCCAGGACCCGCUCACCUACCCGGAGGCUGACAGGGUGUUCGUCGUGGUGAGCGGGGUGGACCGCAAUGUGCACCGGGGACUGGACCUGGACAACAUCGAGGUGAAAUACGACGAGGAGAGCAAGCAGGUGCUGAUCACCUCCCAGGACAUAGACAGCCGGACGUGUGUGGAGGUCACCACCCCAGUGCGCUUCGAUGUGAACAUCAAAACUAUGGGCCGUGGCAAUGUGAACGUAAAAAAAAUUGAGUGCGACAAUUGCCAAAUAGAAACGGAGAAAGGGAGCAGUGUUCUGCAGUCUAUCAAGGGUCACAAUGUUCACAUUCGUACAAAUGGAGGCAAAGUGAUAUGUCUGGGGACAGUCCAUGGCAAUGUGGAUAUUCGUGCUCUAGCUGAUAGUACAGUUGACAUUGAGAAAUUGCUGGGAACAUCUAUUAAUAUCUGCACAGAGAAUGGUCAGCUAAAAGCCAAGUACCUGUAUGCAGAAUCCUCGUCCAUGUCCUCAGCUGCUGGUGAUAUAAUAGUAGGGAGUGCACACGGUGAUACAAAACUCCAGACGACAGAAGGAAAUAUUACAGUAGACUCGUCAGAUGGCAGUUUAAUGGCCUCUUCAAAUCAAGGCACGAUAGAUGUUUAUGUCAGUCAAGCUGGCAAGGUAUACCUGAAAACGGACAACGGAAGUAUUACUUUAAAAAUACCAGCAAAUCUUCAGGCUCAGUUACAGCUUACAGGAGCUGCAGUCAAUGUUAACCCUGAUGUGCAACUCCAGGAGAUCGAAAAUACCCACCAAGAAGAGCAAACCAUCUUAAAAGCAACUAUGAAUUUGGUGAGCGAAACUCAGAGAUGGAUUGUGGCCGAAGCCCAGAGAGGCACUGUGUCUCUGAAGCUCCAGGACUGGUUUCAGUCUCUGAAGCUACACACAACCUGAGACCUUUUCAGAAACUGGACUGGAUUACAUUCCCUGACUGGAGUGGUCAGGUGGACACUUUUGCCACUGCAGUUUUAAACACUUGAACAUUGUCUUGAGAUGUAUUUUGGUCUGUCCGAUCAAUAUUUAACAGGAGGACUGAGUACUAAGUAGAUCUUAGCCUUGUAUAAAUGUUACUUUUAGAAAGUAUACUUUUGGAAAGCAUAUUAGUUAUGUGAUUACUAUAUGUGUGCGCAUAAAGGACCGCUGCCUGGCACUGGACAAUGCUGGAUAUGAGGUAAAGUUCACUGGGGUGUAUGUUUGUAGGCCUGAAAUAUCAGCACAUAUAAAACAUGGCCUCCUAAAGUACUAAUGCAGCUUUAAGAAGACAUAGUCAGAGGUACUGUGCCUUGUGCUACUACAUAUACAUGCUGUCUUCCAUGUUGAGAUUUUUCUAUACAAUACUGGAAUAGGGAGUGGAAGUUUCUUCAGGGUUAUUAUACUGUAACAUACUCGAUAAUGGGUCAGUCUGGGGACUUGAAUACUCUAUAUGUGUAACUUGCCUAUGAAUUGUCUUUGAAAACUAAUUGGUGCACAUAAUUUUUUCCUUGGAGUUUUUUGGAUCCUAGAAAAUGGCCACUCCUUCCAUGUAGUGACUUGUGUACUAUUCUUAUUCAGGUGAAUUAAUACCAGG